GACGAUAUUUUUCAAAGUCGCUCAAUCAGUGUCUGCACUUUUGCACGGUAUCGCAAGCCGGGAGGUUCAUUAUACGUGGGAGUACUAGCAGUAAAUCUUACCAAGUCAAUUAAAAUAAAAAUAUAACUGGCUAUUUUAGAUUUUUACAUUUGAGUUUACUCCUCACAUAAUUUGAAUAAAGUUACAAUACUUGCGUUUACCAUUGAAAUAAGUCAGAGAUUUAAACGAGUGUAUAGACGGCACGCGUUCGGAUACGUCGUCAAAUAUUUUCUUUAUCUCAGUGAUUUUAUUAUUUGAUAAAUAUUAUUAUUUACAAAGUGAUAGUGAUUUAAUUAUUACCACUUUAUUGUCUAAUUGAUAAUAUUUAACAGUUUAAAUAUAUAUAUAUAUAUAUAUAAAAUACAUAAUCCAAAAUGAAAGAUUUAAUGUCUAUUUGGAGUCGUUUGGCUGGCCGACAUUAUUCAUCUGUCAAUCCAAAUGUUAAUCGUCAACCAAGCGCGAAUGAUCUUGAUGAUUAUUCAGACAGUGACCCGAGUAAUGUUCAUUCAAAAUCUGCAAUUGUAGUAAACAAUUUUUUCAAUAGAUCAUUACCCGUACAUUCAGACGGCAGACGAAAAUGGCCAAAGAGUAUCUUCACAUUUAUGAGUCUAGGCCUUCUUGGUAUAACUUUCGGUGUGUUAAUACUCGUAAUUCAGCCCUACGAGCUACUUUUUAAAUUAAAAGUUAUGUUCAGCGACAAUGGUGAAAUUUUUGAAUUGUGGAGGAAGCCGCCAGUAGAAUUGUACCUAAAAGUUUACUUAUUUAACGUAACUAAUCGUGAAGAAUACAUAUCAGGCAUCGAUUCUAAACUGAAGUUCAAAGAAAUCGGCCCGUAUGUUUAUAGAGAACAUUUAGAGCAUUCAAAUAUAACCUUUAAUGAAAAUGGAACAGUAACCGCAAUUCCAAAGCAUCCACUCACAUAUAUACCAGAAUUAAGUGGUGGAGCUGAAGAUGAUAUUCUCAUCUUACCGAACAUUGCAUUACUGAGUAUCGCCAAUGUUAUGAAAGAUGCUUCAAUAAUUACAACCUGGCCAUUGAAUGCUUUGAUCAAACAGUCAGAUUCACAUCCACUUGUAAGAAUGACAGCACGAGAAUUUAUGUUUGGUUACAAAUCUAGUCUUGUUACACUCGGCAACAGUUUUAUGCCAUCAUGGAUUAAAUUUGAUAAACUUGGAUUAAUUGAUCGGAUGUAUGACUUUGAUGGUGAUUUUGAAACUGUUUAUACCGGAGAGAAAGACAUAAGAAAAACUGGACUAAUUGAAAAAUAUAAUGGUGAUGUCAAUCUACCUCAAUGGACUGGCAAAUGUGGAAACGUCAAUGGUGCAAGUGAUGGAGCCAAAUUUCCAAGUUAUAUUGAACCAAAUGACACACUAAUAUUUUACAGAAAAAGUCUUUGUCGUAGUGCUAAAAUGGUACGGAUAGGUGAGAAAGAUGUUAAAGGUCUACAUACAUAUAAAUAUAAAUUUAUGGACAAUGAAUUAGACAAUGGAGCUAAUAAUUCUGAAAAUAAAUGUUUUUGUCGUGAAGGUCGAUGCUUACAGCCAGGUUUAAUUGAUGUCACUGAUUGCUAUUAUGGAUUCCCUAUUGCCUUAUCGUAUCCUCAUUUUUACGAAUCAGAUCCUUCGCUUCUUGAAGGGGUAGAAGGUCUUAAACCCGAAAAAGAAAAACACGAAUCGUAUUUUUAUAUUCAACCUAAGUCAGGACUUCCAGUAGAUUUAGCUUUCCGUUUUCAAAUAAACAUGGCUUUGCAAGAUAUCAGCAGAAUUUCAAAUGUCGAGGGUUUUUCCAAUCUCGUGUUACCUCUACUGUGGUUUGAAAUCGGAAUGUAUGAGCUUCCGGAAAGUAUGAAUAACCGGUUUAUUUUGUACUUAAAUGUAUUACCAGUAGUGCAAGAUGUCGCAACCUACGCGCUUUUCCUUGGCGGAAUAAUAUUUCUCGUAUGGAGUAUCGUGAAGAUAUUAUUAUACCGACCAAAAGGAUCAUCUGGAAGAGCGAGCCAAUGGUUUGAAUCAGACCUUCAACGUAAAAGACUUAAUUUCUUCAAUGAAAAACGUAAUUCGUUCCGUGCGAAACCAAUGGACACUUAUUACAACUCGUUAUUAGAGCCUAAAGAAGAAAUGACGCCAAUGACUGCGAUGGUUAAUUCUGAGUUCAAAGAAGAUCUUGUAUAAUCUUUCUAUUGAGGAAGAAUUAAUACGUAAACCGAUAAAUGGAUCACGUAUGAGUGUGAUUCUGAAAGUUAAAUGUCGAGAUUAAUGAACAACAUCUCUCACAACACGCCAACCUGAUCAACUUCUACGUGAACAAAUAUUGAAUACUUGUUAUUUUUUUAUACUCUCAUGAUUUAAUCAAAAAAAAACAAUUGGUUUUAUAUUAUCAUACAAAGUAAAUAGCAACAGGGAUAGGAAUUAUAGAGUGAAAUCUGAUAAAAAGUAUUAGAAACAGUACGGAAAUUAAAGUGUGUUCAAAUCCGUAGAAAUUCGUUAAAAAUUACGGUUGACUUGUUCAUUAUUUCGGCGUUGAUUAUCAUUAACCCUUCGUCGGUCGCGUGCAUUUUCCACCCGAGUUAGGUCUCAUCACCGUAUUAAAUUGAACGCGCUGUUGCCAAAUGUCGAACCGCGACUUUUAUGUGUUUUUCCAGUAUUAAAAUACUUAUUUUUUCAAUAAGAAAAUUUUUCAAAGCUUUCAAUAGUUGUACCUAUUCCACAUGUGGUAAAACAGGCUUAAAUAGUGGCAGUAAAAAAACUUGGCAACAUCGCAGUUUAAAAAGGACUCGGACACUUAUUACUCGCACCGGGCGGCAGAGCGCCACUUUCUCAUACUCGGUCUAGAAUAUUAAAAUUUUCCAAGUGUUUUUAUGCUUGUAAAUAGCGUUAAAAUUUUUUGAAUAUUUCAAAGAAGGAAUUAAAUUUUUUUGAAAGCCACUAAUUCAAGCAAUUUUGAAAAAAAAAAAAAAAUAAAGUGUAGAAAAGUCGGCGCCACGCUCAUUACGCUACUGACGAAGGGUUAAUUACCAGUGGAAAAAUAACCGAAAAAGUAACCGACGGAAAAUUGAAGUGAAAAUGUGCAGAUUAUAAAAGUUACUUUAAACUAUACGUUGGUUAAGUUUUUCAACAAACAAUUUUACCGGUUAAUUUAUUUUCAUAGUGAUAAUCAUAAUCUUUGUACAAGUAGUGGAAAUAUCAAUGGUACAAGUACUGAAUUCGAUGAAAAAUAAUAAUAUACGUAAUCAUGAUAUUUAAGACAGACAUUUUUGAAUGAAAAAAUGUAUUUUCUAAGAGUUUGAUUAAUGUAAAUACUGUAAAUAUAUCAUUUAGCUGAUAAUUAAUUAAUAUAAUACUGAUAUUGCUCAUUAAUAGUCUUAGUAAACAUCUUGAAUCUCAUUUAAAUAAAUAAUUACCUCAGGUAAAUAUCAUAACUAGUGCAAUCGAUAUUCUAUAUAAAUAUAUGUACUGCAUAAAAAAGUAUAAACAAAAAUAUUAUUGACAUGACUUUUAUAUUUUUAACACGGUCACUAUUGAAAAAAAAAAAAAAAAAAUUAAAUGUCAGUUGCGAACUGUCAGUUAUAAAUUUUUGAAUCAUAUUAAAAGCAGACUUUUGUAUCAACUUUUAGUUCCGUUAAAUAAGAAAAAGCUACAUGUUAAGUGACAAUAAAUCUUGCCGUUUAUAUAUAUGUAUUUUUUUUUUUUUUAGUCAAGGAUAAUGAAGCAACUUAAUAUUAUUCAUUCAUAUAAAUAUUAUUGUCAGAUGUUAUCCGUUAUGUGAGAUCUAAAUAAUUCAUUUUUUAUCGGUAUAUCAUGUACUCAUAAAUACAACUUAUAGGGAAUAUUUAAUUUUAUAAAUAUUUUUAAAAAUAAUUCCGCGACAUUGGCCAAAUAUUUAUUAUUGUAAUGAGUAAUAAAAUAUGCUCGUUUUUUUCAUUUUUAAUGAGAAUAAACUUGAGAAUUAAUAAUGAGUAGUUUUGUCAAUAAAUAACUUUGUCGGCUAUUUCUCGCACAUACACUUUAUAUUAUACAGAUAAAUUGAUAUUUCUUGAAUUUCGAAAUAAUAAUUAUCAACAACAUACCAGAAACAUUGGGUAUACACACAUAUAUAUAUGUAUGGCCCAAAGUGUGCGGAAUUUGAAACUCUCGAUUGUGAUAGUUAAUAUUUCUUUUUCUUGUUGUAUCUUUUACACUAUUGUUUAUGUUUAUUUGUAUUUAAUAACAUGAAUCUUGCCAGAGAUGUAUUGUUAAUUAUUAAUUAUUAAUUAAUAUUGUCAAUGGUGUGAAUUCCAAUAAUUAUUGCUCAAUAAAUAAAAGUUUUUUUAUGAAAUUA